UUUAUUCUCACUUUUCCUUUCGUGAUUUGUGGACACCAGUGGAUCGAUGGAUAGAGUAAUUGGCAGAAAUAGGGGUUAUUAAAGUGUUUCAUAUUUAGGUUUUAUCUGACUUCACUACAAUGUCCUUCUAAUAAACAACUUCUGACAUAGGUCAUUCCAGGAAAUCUGAAAGGACGUGAAGGUGAGCCUCUCUCAACAGCUGGACUCUACUGGUCAUUCCGUCACGGACAAUGUUCUCGGCAACGGGGAAGCGCUGUUUUACCAUUGAGUCUCUGGUGGCGAAGGAAAGCCCCAUAACACCUGAAGAUCCUAUUCGCCCAACCGCCCUAAGCUACUCGGCGCCCGCUGACAGUUUUCUUAACGGGUACCAAAACCCUGCAGGCCGCGCGCUCUAUCCAAACCCCGAGCUGGUGUUUUCGGAGACUGUGAACCAUGCACCUCUCGGCAUGCACCCACACCAGCUCGGUAGCACACACCUCCAGCACCCACACUUCUUUGGAACGCAACAUCGUGAACCACUGAAUUUCUACCCUUGGGUCCUAAGGAACAGGUUUUUUGGACAUCGGUUUCAAGGGAACGAUGUCUCACAGGACACGCUGCUACUACAUGGACCGUUCGCAAGGAAGCCUAAACGGAUCCGCACCGCGUUCUCACCGUCUCAGCUGCUGCGCCUGGAGCGCGCCUUCGAGAAGAACCAUUAUGUUGUCGGAGCAGAACGGAAACAGCUCGCAAACAGCCUCAGUCUAUCUGAGACGCAGGUGAAAGUUUGGUUCCAGAACCGCAGGACCAAGUAUAAGAGGCAGAAGCUGGAGGAAGAGGGUCCGGAGUGCACACAGAAGAAGAAAGGAAACCACCACAUUAACCGCUGGAGGAUUGCCACCAAACAGACCGGAUCUGAGGACAUAGAUGUCAUGUCUGAUGCUUAAGGCCAACCUAAACACUGCCCAAAUGAACACACAAGACCAAGAAAAUCACUAUUUAUUUAAUGUUAUUAGUCACGAUAUUUCAGAUUCUAAACAUUUAACCUUAAAUAACCGCAGAGGACCUGACCACGUGUGUAUGAUAAUUAUGAGUUGAUGAAUUUAAAGUCAGCAAGUUACGCAGGACCCAACACUAUAGCUGAUUAACAUACCUCUUUUGGAGUUAUCCAAUGUUUGAGACAUGUGACACCCGUAAGAAGAGAAUCCUCUUAUAGUCUAUAUGUUUUUGCCACUUUUUGUUUUUGGGAAAUGCAUCUAAAUGUAAAAAAGUAAAUUUUCACAAAAUAUUAUUUAAAAUUGAGCUCUUUUUGUUGUUUUUAUUUGGGUUCCACAUUAUAUUAGGUGUCUUCAACUAUUGCUUCUAUACAACAUCAGUUUGGUUAAGUAUCCUUCGUACCACUGACCUACAAGUAUAAAAAUAUAGUUUUACAAACAGUUUUGAGUAUUAAAUUAAGCAUUAAUAAUGAUAAUUAACAAUGAAAUAAAACAGCUGGAAUCAUUUUAAAAGCAUUUUCCCACCGAUGAACAACAAAAUCAUUGUCAGCCAAUCAGAAUCCAUUCUGAUUUAAGAAACCUAGGCAUUUAAAACGCCAGACAAAACAACUUAUGACAAACAUCAUCCUCUGUUGUGGAUAGAUUUCCCUAUUAAGUUCUUGGUCAGAUUGGCUUUUAGAAAUCCUUUUAUGGCGUCCAAAAUGUGUAAAAUAUAGGCUACAAAUAACCCAACCAUUUUAGACCAUUUUGAGGGAUGUAAACAAUAACAAUAACCCUAAUCUAUUUCCUGUUUUAGAUUUUUAAUUUCCACAACUUCCGAGAAUCUAAAAAGAGCCACAUAUUGAUAAAUAAUGUUAUGAGUUUUUUUAUGUUAACAUAUGAUUGAAUUGCAUUGAAUUGCCUCUUGUUACGGUUAUGAAAUAGUUUGACAACAAGCAGGAAGUGUUCAUGGGCCAAUGGCAUCAUCACAUUAAAUUGUUCUAUAAUAAAACUAAAAUAAGAAAUAUGUUGAACAUAUAGCUUAAAUGAAUAACCCAAGCGAUUCUCCAUGUUUGAAGCAAAUUUUGUGCAAAACAACCCCACAUUUUUAUUUUCUACAAUGAUUGAACCAAGUACAGCUAUUAUAAUUAGGGUUUAGGCUAGUUUAGUGAAUAGUAGAUGUGACCCGUAAAAAUGACAUGGUGUUCCUAUUGAUCACUAUCAUCAAUAUUUUGCAAAACAAUAGCCUAGCUGAUAUUGAGGUGAAAAUGGUUAAGGUUAAAGACAGGUUGUGUUAUGGCUAUAGGUUAAAAGCGGUAAAGUGUCAAGGUCUGUGUCACUUUAGGGACAUCAAUAACAACCACAAUACACAGUUAUUUCAAUCAAUUAAUUUAAAAGUCAGCACAAAGUUGAUGACACAUAAUAUACAGUGGAUCCAAACUUUGCUUUAAAUGACAUUUUCUUAAUUUCAAAAUUGCUGGCUAAAAUGAAGUUUCAGAUGCUUUAAGAUAUGCUGAUGUAAUUGGUCCAGUUUUGUUGUUAUUGUAAUAACUAUCUGAGAUGACAGUAGCAACUAGCUUGAAAUAAUUUAAGUGGCGAGGAAUCAGUUUACCAACUAGUUUUAACAUGAGCCAUCCUGAAUCGACAGCAUAGAGGCAAUGGUGUAUGUGUCAAUGUAAAUAAUGGUCUCUAAAGGAGUGUAUAGGCUUGAGUGUGUGUGUGUGUGUGUGUGUGUGUGUGUGUCAGAAAGAGAGAGAGAGAGAGAGAGAGAGAGAGAUUGCGCGCUGUCAUUCAGUAGGCUUAACUGGUAAAUGGUUUCUAUGUAAGAGCUCCUUGAUAAUAAACAAAAGCUGAAUGUUUGCCAAUUUACACAUUAGUUCAUUUAUAGUGUUCAUUCACCAAAUUUUCAAGAAAAAAACUUGAUCAAAAUGCCCAUAAUUAAUAAAGAUGUUUCAGAGACAAACCUCAUUACUUGCUCACACCUUGUCAUAUAAAUUUUUUUUUCACUUUAGUGAUUGUAAAUGACUAUUUACCCUUAUAAAAUGUUCGCACAUACUAAUACGCAGUUGGCUACUUUCUUUUCAUCUCGCCACGUCAACUUCCUGUCAAAAGAAACAGAGGAACAUCAUGUUAAACACCCUCAGGAGACCUUUGACCUCAACAUAUGACCCUGAGCCUGCAGUGUGAGCAGGGGUUGUGAGAGUGAAAUGCACAGACUGAUGACACCAGAGUAUCACUGUCAAGUACGACAGGAGCAUAUUGAGACAAGGUGAAAAAGAUUGUUGUGGUGGGUUUUGUUUUGAGGCCAUCAGAUAUCCAAUCCACUGUGCAGGUGCACACAUCACAUCCUCAGCAGCUUUACAUCACACAUUCCAGACAUUCCCCAUCAGCACUCUUUCCUCAGUGAGAACAGCAAAGAUACAGAAGAAAAGAAGAGAGUUUGUAAGAGUUAAGGUCAAGUUUAAAGCCCUAAUAGUCCAGUUUGAACCACAAUUAUAACAACACUGUAAAAA